UGUGUACUUUAUUUAAAAACAUGGCUGAUUCCGUCGAGUUGCGUAUGAGUGUAACGUCUAUCAAGAGAGUAGAUCCAUAUGUAAAAGAUAUUCUUGCAAGUGCUACACACGUCGCUUUAUAUAAUUUUAACACUUCCAUUAACGAGUGGGAAAAAACUGAAACCGAAGGUGCACUGUUUGUAUACAGCCGAAAUGGAGAACCAUUUCACAGUAUUAUGGUUAUGAAUAGGUUAAACACUGACAAUUUGAUUGAGCCAAUUGUAAAAGAUUUUGAGUAUCAGAUGCAAGCACCGUUUUUACUGUAUAGGAAUUCAAAAAGUAAAAUAUUCGGAAUUUGGUUUUUUAACAGAGAGGAGUGUAUUCGUAUUACCGUUUUAGUAGAAUCUAUCAUGAAAGGUCUAAAAGACACUGGUGAUGAGAAAUCGAAAAAGAAAGGAAACAAUGUUGAUAUAUUUAGUAUGUUAAGUAAAGCUCAAGAAGAUUUUAAUAGAACCCCAACCAAACAAGAUGCAGUUCCAACAUUUUCUUCGACUCCUAGGGUUCCUGAUGUUACAUCUCAAAGUGUUAUGGACUUUUUUGCAAAAGCUAGUACAAAUACAGGCCAAAAACCGGUUAAUACAGAAGAACAUGUAUUGCAGAGAUUAAUGUCCAAUCCUGCACAUUCUGUUGAACAUAUAGAAAAGCAACAGAGGUCUAUAACACCUCAAGAUAGUUUAAUUGGGCAGCAAAAAGUGAUAUCUAGUGGUGAUCGAAGAAGUGUACCUAUCUCAUUUCCAAGUUCUGAAAAUAAAAUUGGUUCAGAAAAUGGAUUCCAAUUACACAAUUCCCUCAAAAGCCAAUCUUUGAUACAAAGCACAUCGCCACUUGCUUUUUUAUUGCAACAAAAUAAUUUAGGGCAGACAGAAAAAGAAGAAUCUCAUGAUUUGUUGAGUUCCUCCCCAUUUAGUCAGUUUAUAGAUUCACAGAAACCCCAUCUGAUGACUCCCAUGAUGUUCACAACCCCAAAACCAAAAGAAAAUUUGGACAGCUCCACAACUGACGCAGACCAGAUUGACUUACUCACGGAGAAACAAUUAGCCCAAGCCCUUAUUUACCUUUUAAAAAACAACGCCGAUUUCACUAAACAAAUUCACGAAGCUUAUGUAAAGUCAAUAAUGGAGAAAGUUAAUCUUAGUACAAGUAAAUCUUUUAUAUAAAGUAUUAGUUUAAUUGGGAAGAUCUUACUUGAAGAAAAUGAUUCAACAUUGACAACGGAACAGGCUUUUUUAAUUUGUACGUACUUAUUGACAACUGAAAUCUGGAAUUUUAUUGUACCUAAUUGAUUUUGUGAUUAUAUCAAUUUACAAGC